UGGCUGUCGAGGCAACACUACAGCUACAUUUUAACGGCGAAAAUUAAUUUCUGCAGGUUUCCCAACCGCUUCCCCGCAUAGGCAUCCCGUGUGCGUCUGCGCCACACGCAGCAAUCCGCUGGCUCAUGUCAGGGCUUCAUUUUUCUCCAGCUGAUUCACGGGUAAAAAAAAACAAAAAACAUAGCCUACACCACUCCUCGUCCGAUUGGGUGGAUUCCUUCUUCGGGUACCUUGCCUGACACGGCGAGUGUGGUGUUUGCAGAAAUCAUAGGCGUGGUUUUGGAUGAAGAUGCUCCGUCUGCUCCCGCUGGGAUCCCCACCUGCCUUCACACCCGCGUUUAUCACCAGCUGGUAUUUUCCUGAGCCACUAGUGCGAGAAUUUGAUUAGAUUCUACUGUUGGGGUUUUGUCACAGGGGAUAUUGAUUUUCGUCCGGGGGUGCAGUGGGAUUUGAGCGCUGUGGACGUGCCGGGCGCCCGGUUAAUCACCUCCAGAACGGCGGCGGUGGCGCACACGGCACUCACUGGAGAUAAACAAGAAAGAGCGGACAGCGCGUCGCUUGGCCUCCAGGCAGCAGCAGAAGAAGGAGCUUUAGAGGAAAAGGAUCCAGAGAGGGGACCCUGGUUCAUGUGCAGGGCUGUUCGACGCACAGGUCGCGCCCGCAGCGGUUCGCAAAGAUGGGAAUUAUACGCAAGAUGCCCAAAAGAUCACAUUGGCUCUGCGCAUUUGUAGUGGCGUCUGUUUUACUUGUAGUGGACAGCAAGAGAGCCCGGCAGCCCCGCUGUCCCUCCUCAUGUACAUGUACCAAAGAUAACGCGUUGUGUGAAAGCGCGGGGAUGAUCCCUCGCAGUUUCCCCACCGAUGUCAUAUCGCUAUCCUUCGUCAAGUCGGAAUUCACUGAAAUCCCGAAAGAGAGCUUCAUCCACACGCCUGCACUGCAUCUCCUCCUCUUCACUGCCAACAACCUGGAGUCUAUUAAUGAGGACGCUUUCCUUGGUCUUCCCCAUCUGGAGUAUCUGUUCAUCGAAAACAACCACAUCACGUCGAUUUCAGCAAAUGCUUUCAGUGGACUGAAAACCUUGGUGCAUCUGAGUCUGGCCUACAACAAUCUGGAGACUCUGCCCAAAGAUUUGUUCAAGGGUCUCGAGGCAUUGACGAAAGUAGACCUUCGAGGGAACCAGUUUACCUGUGACUGUAAGCUGAAGUGGUUGGUGGAGUGGAUUUACAGCACCAACACCACAGUGGACCAGAUUUACUGCAAAGGCCCGGCCUCACAGCUGGACAAGAAAAUCAACGACCUGGCGCCACAAGCCUUCGACUGCAUCACAACAGAGUUUGCUUCCUACCAGUCCCUUAAGUUUGAAUCCAUAUCUGUGGAGGCCUUUUCCUUUGAGAGUGACCAGUAUGUGGUGUUUGCUCAGCCCUUCAUUGGGAAAUGCAGCUUUCUGGAGUGGGAUCACGUGGAGAUGGUCUUUAGAAACUAUGAUGACAUUGACAGCACGUCCACCGUGAUCUGCAAACCUCUGGUCAUUGACAACCAGCUCUUUAUCAUCGUGGCUCAGCUGUUCGGGGGUUCACACAUUUACAAGCGCGACACAUCUGCCAACAAAUUUAUCAAGCUCCAAGGCAUCGACAUCCUCCAGAUCCGCAAACCAAAUGACGUCGAGACUUUCCGUAUAGACGGGGAAUCUUUCUUCGUCAUAGCCGACAGCUCCAAGGCUGGUUUCACCACCAUCUACAAGUGGAACGGCAAUGGCUUCUACUCUCAUCAAUCGCUCCACCAGUGGUACAGAGAUACUGAUGUGGAGUACAUGGAGAUCUCCUCCAAACCUCACCUGAUCCUGUCCAGCAGCUCCCAGAGGCCGGUCAUCUACCAGUGGAACAAAAGCAGCAAGUUGUUCGAUCGACGCACUGACAUCCCAGAGAUGGAGGACGUCUAUGCCGUGAAGCACUUCCAGGUCAAAUCUGACCUUUACAUCUGUCUCACGCGCUUUAUUGGCGACUCCAAAGUGAUGCGCUGGGACGGGGCGCUCUUCAGGGAGCUGCAGACGAUGCCCUCUCGAGGAUCCAUGGUGUUCCAGCCCUUCUCAGUCGGCAGCUGGCAGUAUGCCAUCCUAGGCAGCGAUUACUCUUUCACACAGGUGUACCGCUGGGAUGCAAAGAAGGGUGAGUUCGUCCACUUCCAAGAGGUGAACAUCCAGGCGCCAAGGGCCUUCUCGCCAAUCUCCAUUGACAACCGGCAGUUCCUACUGGCGUCGAGCUUCAAAGGGAAAACUCAGAUUUAUGAGCAUCUGGUCAUUGACCUGAGCAAUUGAGCCAUUUUUUUAGAUAGGUUAUUUGACUGUUUUCUGAGAUUGCUGAACAAAACGGAAAGGGAUUCUUUCAUUCUAACUUGAGCGAGGCAAAAAUUUAUCUUUUUCCUUUCUUAAAUCUUCCAAUGAAACAAGUGCAUGUAAAGGCAACUGCAUGUAUCUCAGCCAAACCCCUUUGGCUGAGAUACAUGUGGAGUUCAAUGCCUCUCAAGUUAGGAUUAGACCCUGUAUGUUGCCAAGACAUUAAUGCAUGACCAGGGCCUCACACAGGCCGUCCCAUUCUGAUGAAUGCAGCAUCCACGCUCAUAGAUCCAUUCAAUCUUGCAUCGGCCGGUAGGUUAUUUUUCUGUGUGUUUCAGCUUUUCAUGUGACUCAGCAAUGUUUAUACAUUUGUAAUCUCAUAUAUUUAUCUACAAAAUGUAAUAAUGAAAUGGUACCUUUUAACCUAUUAACAUGUUUGAAUGAACAAAUCUGCCAAAACAAAAAUGUUUACAAUUUUUUUUCUUUCUAUCCACUUGUAAGCUAAAAAGAUUUGUAUUUGAGUGAUACUUUUGUAAGUGUACGAGGGACCAGUCCAAUUAAAUACUUAUUUGUUAGGAAGAAUGAUUUACAUUUAAGUUUAUUAUUUUGAAAAUAUCAACAGAUAUGUUGUGAGAGAAUCUUCCUGAAAAGUUACAUUUUUACUGUCAAUGAUUUUUAAUGUUUAAAGUAUUGAAAAUACAGUUUUUCAUAAGAAUUAUUGGGGAGGUUUUUGGGGACAUUUAGAACUAUUUUCACACACUUAAUGGACCUGAAAUGAAAACAAAAUAGAGGAUAUUGUUCAUAAUGUUUGACCUUUGACUAACAUGUGUGCUGAUUACAAACAUUUUGUCAUGAUUAGGAUUAAGUUAUUGACUAAUAUCAUGCUGUUUACAACCAAUAAAGGUUUACAUUGAAAUGUUAA